UCCUCCUCCUCUGGUCCGGUCCGGUUCUGAUUGGUCGGACCUCUUUGGGGGCGGGACUUAUCGAGUGUUUUUAAAACCAGUUCAGCGCAGAAACUCUGAACUCGGUUCGGGACCGGUCCAGUACCUGGUGAGUUUGAGCAGAUGUGCCUGAAGUCCAGAUCGGACCGAACCCGAACAUGCCCAGAGGUUUUCUGGUGAAACGGAACAAGAGGAGCAGCCCGGUCCGGUACCGGGUCCGUUCUGAUGAUGAUGAAGAGAACUCAGCUUGCGCUCCGAACCCUCCCUGCAGAGCCGCCGCUCCGGAACCGGAUGGGACGCCGAUUCGGUUCGGAAACCCAGAAAGGGUCUACCAGGCUCCCUGCAGUCCGAUCCGACCACUGAGCCGGAACCAAACCCGGGACUUGGUCUCUACAGAGUCAGCAGAGUCCAUCCCGCUCCCCGCUCCGGACCACCUGUUCGCCCCGGUGAACCUGAAACUCAGCUCCAGAACCACCGGAACCACCGGGUCUAAACGACCGUCCGGAGACCCGGAGUUCAGAUCCAGACCCACAUCCAGGAGGACCAAAACCAGCAGGAGGCUGCACUUUGAGGAUGACGUCACCACGUCCCCGGUUCUGGGGCUGAAGAUCAAAGCGGCUCCGGUUGAUGGAGAACCAGAACCGGACCGGAGCCCCCGGGCCGGGUUCGUGUGCCAGCUGUGCAGAGAGUCCUACCCGGACCCGUUUUCUCUGGCCCAGCACAGAUGCUCCAGGAUAGUUCGGGUCCAGUACCGGUGUCCCGACUGUGACAAGGUCUUCAGCUGUCCCGCGAACCUGGCCUCCCACCGGCGCUGGCACCGACCCAGACCUCAGAACCAGGACCGGGACAAGGGCUCCAGGUCCGGCAAGACUGAACCGGAGGAACCAAAGGACUGCCAGGACCUGAACUCAUCCAGUCCCGGACCGUCCGAGUCUGGAUCAGAUGACGGACUGUCCAGCUUCCGUCAGCGCGGGAAAAGUUUUAAGCGCAAAACGUAUCUGAGGAAGCGCGUGACGUCACAGCACGGACCGCCGCUCAACCUGAGCGCGUCCCGGUGCCACCUGUGCCCAGUGUGCGGGGAGAGCUUCACGUGCACAGGAAGUCAGGAACGUCACUUCCGGCUGCUGCACGCUUCACCGGAGUUCACCUGCAAGCAAAGUCCCGCCCACUUCUACCAUUUCUGACACUGGUUUGACCCAGAUCCGAUCCAGCAAGAAAACCAGAUCUGGUUCUGUGUCUUGGUCUAGAAUCUGAACCGAUGAUUCUGAUUGUUGGUUGUCUUGAUGUUCUGAUGAUGAGUAAACAAAAACAAUCCUGUUUUAUUUAUUUAUUUGUUGUUGUUGUUGUUGUUGUUGUUGUUGUUGUUGUUGUUGUUGUUGUUGUUGUUGUUGUUUACUUAGUUUAGGAUGUUUCUGUUAUUCCAAAAAUAAACCCAAACUCAGA